AUGUCCAACGUCACCGCGAGACGACGCUCGCGGUCGCAAAUGGACGAUGGAGAUGAUGCCGAUGCUGCCAGAGACGGAUACUGGUCUUCUCCAACCUCGUCAGAUGGCUCCAAGAGAAUGCGAUUACGAGGAGGAAGAGGCGCUCCCAGUCAGCUAGAGGAGGGAGACGAAGAGGACAGUGAGGAAAGCACCGACGACGACCACUCCUUUCCUGACAACAAUCACCACGCGCCCAUCCAACGAACGAACGGGCAUGUCACAACCAACGGCACGCCGGCGUCUCAAUUCGCGACUGGUUCCAUUGUGCGUGUCAAAGUCGAGAACUUCGUCAUUUACGAAAAGGCAGAAUUUCUGCCCGGGCCCAACCUGAACAUGGUGAUUGGCCCUAACGGCACAGGCAAGAGCUCCUUGGUUUGUGCAAUAUGCCUGGGCCUAGGCUACCCUGCCAGUGUUCUUGGCCGUGCUACCUCCUUUGGAGAGUUCGUGAAGCACGGCAAGGAACACGCGAUAGUGGAAGUUGAGCUGCAAAAGAGACCAGAGGAUCGUGCGAACUACGUCAUCAGACUGAUCAUCAACCGCGAGGACAACACAAGGAAAUUCACCCUGAAUGGAAGAGACGCCACACACAAGCAGAUCCAGCACGUAACGCGGCAGCUACGUAUCCAAAUUGACAACCUUUGCCAAUUUCUACCACAGGACAAAGUAGCCGAGUUUGCCGGACUGAACUCAGUGGAGCUCCUGACGAGGACGCUUCAAGCAGCCGCGCCAGAGGUCAUCAUAGAGCAGCAAAAUAGCCUCAAGCAACUGUUUGAUGAGCAGAAAGCUAUAUCAAGGCAACUCGAAACCGACGCGGAGACACUCCGCGGUUGGGAGACCCGGCAGCAGGGACUUCAGGCUGAUGUCGAGCGCCUGAGAGAGCGGGAGCAAAUCCAAGCCAGAGUUGCUGAUUUGUCGGAAGCGCGUUUGGUUCUUGACUACGAUGAGAAGAGAAAACUCUUUUCAGAAUGCAGAGACAACAAACGAAAGGCGCAAGAUAGACAACGCAGACUUGAGGAACGGUGUGCGCCAUCCCUCCAGGAUGUCAAUCUGAAGCAAGAGUACCAGAAAAGAGUCCAGGGCGCCUUCGAAGCCAGGCAGCGACGAGGCAAAGAGGUGGAGCAAGAUCUGCUCAAGAUCGUCUCCAACAUCGAGAAAAUUGAUGAGGGUAUCGAGACUCUUGCGAAUAAGAAAUCGGCCGAACGGGAGUCAUGGGAGGCAAAGAAGAAGCAAAUAUCAACUGCCCGUUCCAAAAUCAACCAGCUCGAGGGUCAGUACAGGAGCAAUCAUUACGAAUUCAACGCUGCCGAAUGGAACCACAAAAUUCGAGAACAAAAAUCCCGCAUGGAUCAUGAACUCAAGGAUGAGAAGCAAGAGCUUCACACCGCAAUGGCCGAGUUGAAGGAGCGCGGCAAGGCCAACCACCAGGAAAAAGGGAGGAUACAGCGGGAGCUUGAUAACCUCAAUUCUCAAGAAGGCCAGAGAUUUCUUCAACUCCGAAAGGCUGAGCCUGAAGUUGCAACGGCCUGGGAAUGGCUUCAAGAGAAUGGCGACAAGUUCGAGAAACAGGUAUUUGGUCCACCAAUGCUGACCUGCUCCAUGAAGGACAAGCGGUACUCCAACCAUGUGCAGUCUUUGUUGCAGAGGGAUGACUUUCUCUGUUUCACUGCCCAAACCAGGAAUGAUCACAAGCUGCUCACAGAUCAGUUCUUCACGAGUAUGAAACUGGCCGUCACAGUCCGCACGGUCACUACGGAUUUGUCCUCUUUUCGCUCCCCCAUCCCUCAGGAGAAUCUCGGAUCCAUGGGUUUGGAUGGCUACGCGUUAGACUUCGUUGAGGGACCUGAGCCGGUGCUUGCCAUGCUGUGCUCAGAAAAAAGGCUCCACCUUACCGGGGUGGCAUUGAAAGACAUCAGCGAAGAGCAAUACCAGAGGAUAAUUGAGGAUGAGGUGUUCAACUCUUUCGCUACUGGCAGCACAAUGUAUCGAAUCACCCGUCGCAGGGAGUAUGGACCUGGUGCCACGUCCACAAUGUCCCGGACUAUUCGACCUGGCACAUACUGGACGGACGAGCCUCUAGAUAUGGCGGCAAAGAACGAGCUUGAGCAACGCCUCCAACAGUGCCAAACAGACUUCGCAGAGAUGAAGAGAAAUAAUGAGGAGUACAAGGCAAAGAUGGCAGCUCUCAAUGAAAAGGAAGAUGAGAUCAGAGACGCGAUAAAACGACUAGAGGAAGAAAAGAACACCCUACAGCGCGAGUUCAACCAGUGGAAGGCUCUUCCAGACAAGAUUGCUGUGUUGAAAUCGAGCUUACAAAACGCGCUCAAAGGCCUGAAGGAAACAAAACACAGACUUUCGUCAUAUGACAGUGAAGUAGACAAACUUGCACUGGAAAAGGCCCAGCGUGUUUUGGAACACAGAAAGCAACUCGACAUUCUCCGUGAUGCAAACCAGGCUAUAUUUGAAGCCGCAUUCCGCGCUCUUGAAGCCAAAUCAGACGUUGCUGCAUUGAAAGAGAGAAAUUCGGGAAUUGUUCAGAGGCUGGAAGAGGAGAAGCAGAACUUGCACAGGCUGGCGCGCGAGGCUGAAAAGGCCAAAGCUGAGGCCAAAGCAGCUCAAGAUGUCAUCAUGCAACUCCUAUCAUCUGGCCCAGACAACACAAUCGACGAGGAGAGGAGAGACUUUCUCUCUGCGAUCAAAGAAGGCCACACAUUAGAAACCAUGGAUGCCGAAAUUGAAACCGAGAACGCCAAGCUGGACCUCAUUCAUGCCGCGGAUCCUGGCGUCCUGCAGGAAUUCGAGAAGCGAGCGAGGGACAUCGAGCGUGGUCAACGGGACAAGGCUAAGCGGGAGCGGCAGCUGGAGUCACUAAGCCAGCAGAUCCAAGAACUGAGAUAUACAUGGGAGCCGGCAGUCGAUGAAAUUAUCAACAAGAUCAACGACGCCUUCAGUUACAACUUCGAGCAGAUCAACUGCGCCGGAGAGGUCAGCGUCCAUAAAGACGAGGAUUUUGACAAGUGGGCCAUCGAUAUCAGGGUCAAGUUCAGAGAGAACGAGACACUCCAAAAGCUCGACCAACACCGCCAGUCAGGCGGCGAGCGUGCCGUCUCCACCAUCUUCUACCUCAUGUCGCUCCAAUCCAUGGCGCAGGCGCCAUUCCGCGUUGUCGACGAGAUCAACCAAGGUAUGGACCCGCGCAACGAGCGCAUGAUGCACGAGCGCAUGGUCGAGAUCGCAUGCAAUGAGCACGCGUCGCAGUACUUCCUCAUCACGCCCAAGCUGCUCUCCGGUCUGAGGUACCACGAGCGUAUGAAGGUCCUGUGCGUUGCCAGCGGCGAGCACAUGCCUCAGGAGGGCGGCAAGCUGGAUUUCGCGCGCUGUGUCAAGAUCAGGAGGAGGCUCAUGGCUGCUGCUAGCGCGUAA